UGAAGCCUGAUUAGGAUAAGUCACCGUCCUUAUCCUUUGUCUCCACUUAUCUACUCUUCAUCCUUCUCCUCAAUCCCCAUUACCAAAAUUAUCAAACAAAAUCUUAUAUAAUAAACUCUCUCUGUUUCCUACUAAGUAGUAAUUUGUCAAACAGGGUUUUAGCCAAUAGCUUGUUGAAUGGACUGUGGCCUCUCCUAUUCCAAAAUUUCUCUUCACCAAUCCUUACUUUUUACGGUGAAGACUACUUUGUUAUCAUCAUCAACCCGUUUUACUUUCAAGAAUUCGCCCUUUACGAGUUCUUCUGUCGGUAGUAGGAGAUCGUUGUUUGUAGUGGCCAGUGGUAAUAGUAGUAGUAAGUGUGAAUUUAGUGGUUUAAACGCACCACUAGUACCGACUACACCGACGGGGAGGUUGUUGAGCACUGUGCUUCUGAAUGAUCGCAACAACUUUCAUGUCGUUGUUCAGAAACAGUUGGAGCAGUUAGCGUAUGACCGAGAUGAAGCUCUGGCUCGGAUUAAUCUCAGCUUCGGCUCUGAUGAAGCUUUUCUCCAUAGGAGAAUAGCUGAAGUAAAAGAGCUGGAAUGUCAAGCUUCCGUCGAAGACAUUAUGUACAUUCUAAUAUCUUACAAGUUCUCUGGAAUGAGAGUGCACUUGGUUCCCAAGCUUUCGAAAUGCAUGUACAAUGACAGACUUGAGAUAUGGCCUUGUAGGGACUGGGAACUUGAGUCUAUCCAUAGCUGCGAAGUGCUGGAAAUGGUUAGGGAACAUCUUACCACUGUUCUAGGAUGGAAAGAAAAGUCAAACGUGACCGACAAUUGGGCCCCUACUAAAGUACGAAAGCUCCAGCUCUGUCGAGUAUAUGCUGCUUCUGUUUUAUUUGGGUAUUUUUUGAAGUCGGCUUCCUUGAGGCACCAUUUAGAACAGAAAGUUGAUCACAUC